UGUCUGUUGCGAUGAAACUCUCCCGGUUGUGGUAAAAUUCUCACUUAGGGAAGAUUCAGCGUCCUCCCUCGAGCUGCAUGAUGCUGCAGGUAACCACGACAUUGAUUACUGUUGGCAAGCUCCAUCUGGGAUGACUGAAUCUUAUUUCCUCGACUUCUUAAUCGAAGUCGUAGUAGCAAUCGCCUUGGAUAAGGUCACCCCCCAGGAAACACAACGAUUCUUUGAUCUCCUUAAUUCAACUCCUGCAACACUUCUAGAGUUACAGAAACGCAAUCAAAGACGCAAGAAAUGGUAUGAGAGCAGUGAUGACAAAACUACAACCAUUUUACGCAAAAAGCUCGCUGGUUUUGAACACAUCAUUGAAGUCUUUCCAUCCCAGGGAAAUAUCUCAGACGUGUAUCUUCGAAUAAACAACGAAACAGAUCCUUCCGGGCAGCUACGAAAAACAAUCAACAAAAGUCUUCAAAAGGAAGCAACAUUUUAUGCAGAAAGUGACGCUGAGGAUGAAAAUGAAGUAAGCCAAGAUGUUUAUCAGGAAGAUAUUUACUCUUCAGAUGAAGAAGAAGUUGAGCAGGAAGUCCACGGGAGCCCAGACAAACCUUGCUAUUAUCCUUCGCAAAUAGAAACUGCAGCAAUAUUAAAGAAACGAAUUGACACCAUUAUGUCGCAUUACCACAACAUUUCAAGACUCAGGGAGGCUUUCAACGACAUUGAAUUCGUAGUGUACACAGCCCGGUACAGAAUGCUAAGCGAUCAGACAGAGAAGAGGAUCUGUCAUCCUGAUGCAGGCGUACUAUCCAAAGAAGAGCUCGAAUUGCGCAAAGGUGCCCGUGACGGAAAGAAACGGAUGUUCAUGUACGUUCGCAGCACAGAGACAGAUACGCAUUUUGAUGAACUUAAAAGAGAUGUUCAAGAAAAACCUCAGACACUGUUCGUCAUCGUAGCAGACGAAUGCCAUUGGGGAAUAACCAAAGACAAAGAGAAGAAACCCUCUGCUCACAAUCUUUUCAUCAAUGAAUGGUGCAAAGAAAAACCUCCCAUAAAUGUCAUUGUUCUGCAAAUCUCGGCGACACCCUUCAACCUCCUGACGCAGAACUCUCGCCUUCCCAAGGUGCCGUGCAUUAUACUGAAUGAAGGCGUCUCCAACGCCCGGAAACAUUACAAAGCAGGCGAUCUUGUGGUGCUGGCCGAUGAACCAGAGCUAACAGAAGAAAGAAACACCUCAAAGAAACUGGAACUUCACGUCGUCCACUGGUCCGAGGGUGAACUUAACAACUUUGAAAGAGGAAUGCGAAUGAAACUCAGGUCAUCUUUAAAGAUCGAAGAUUCUUUGUACCUUCACGUUUCCACCGAGGGAAAAGUAGGUGUUACAUGUGAACCAGAGGAGGCCACGGAAUUCAUUAUUCAGGGUAGUCACGGCAUAGUAAUUCUCAAAGUGGAGCAAGCAUCAGACAGAACGCUGACCGUAACCGCAGAUGCCCAUGGAAAUUUAAAAGCUGAUCAUCAGGAACCAACAGAAUUUGAAAUUAAGAUGGAUUUCGGAGUGGGAGUUGUCGCAUUUCGAUCCUGUGACGGACGGGAUCGUUACAUUUCUGUUGACGAAACUGACUAUGUCGGUCUGCAAACCGCCAGAAUUGAGCGAAAAUGUGGAGUCACUAUUAUGAAACCAAUACAUAACCUGGCCAAGGUUUCUUUCCAAUUCUACACUGAUCAAUCGGGACCAAUGCAGGUCAAUCAGGUUGGGAAGCAGUAUCUGAGUUUAAACUACUAUCUCAGCACCCUAAACAGUCCCAGCAGAAAAGACCAGAAAAUACGAGAGGACGGCACCUUUCAAGAAAUAGUGGAUAAAGCAAAGAGAAAGAGAUUAACGUCAUUGUCAGACUCGCCUUCUUUUUUUCCUAUAGAUGCCUUGCUAUGUGCAGAUUAUUGCUACCACAUCAUCCUGUCGAGCGUUUUCAACAGUGAUGACAAGAUAUGUGAAGCACUGACUCGCGGAGUUGAAGAAUCGCCUGCCAUUGAAUUCCACAGACGUCUCCGAUCAUUCAAGUCCAAGCUUAAAGAAACAAAAAAGGAAAGGUACAUUAAACCGGAAGCUUUCGAGUUGAUUCAAAGAGAUAUCCACGACAGAGUUGUACAAACCUUUAAAGAAAACCUGAAACAAGCAGCAAAGUUGUGGAAACAGAAGUCAAUUAAGCGUGAUGACAGCAAGUCAGCUAUGGAGGAACUGGCAAAAUCAAUUGUUGCGUGCGUAAUGCAUCUUCCUCCAGAGGAGUUCCACCAACUCGAACUAGACACACCCUUACUUGACAACCUUAAACAAAAACUGCAAGGAAACCACUGUAGGGUAAUGGUCCAAAUGUGGCACGGUCUCAUUCAAGAACAUGAAACAAGUUCCUUAGUGGAAGACUUGAUCCAAAGUGGAAAGGGAGAUCUGGGAAAAAUGAAAAUUGUACGAGCUAAGACGAUGAAAACUGCGGAUCAAUUUUAUUACACAGUUCAGUUAGCACGACAAGUGUCGGGUUUAGAAGAAUGCUUCGAAGUGAUCAGAGACUACGGUGGAAUUCAAAUCAAGAACCAACUUAUGAAAUCGUCAAGUCCCUUCUUUAAAAAGCUUCAACCCAAAACUUGCACCUACAAGUUUGAUUGUUGUUGCAGUGAGUUGAAGCUACAACCUAGACAUAAAAAGUGUGCCAACUGUCAACACGUGCACAAGUCCAUAACGCAGUAUGAAGACCUGGAAAACCUUGCAUGUAUCCUCAUUCUGGUCGAUAAAGGUCGUAUGGGAGACACUUUUCCCCAAAGUUUUGACUGUCUCGACUUGCGACUCAACUACGAUAGCAGUCAAGAGUUUAAGGAGGGCUCGGCAAUGUAUCUGUCAAGUCUUAUUCAAGAGCUUGGAAGAGUGUGCCGUUAUGCAAAAGUUUCCACAACUGCGAUUCCUUAUGUAUUGAUUGGGCGACAGCUAUUCAAGAAACUCCAGAUGUCAUUGGAGACAUCUCCGUCAAUGAGUGCAACUUCCUGCAGUAAAGCAGACCGGUAUAUGACAAAGACACGCAAGACAAUAGACACAAAAUUCUCUGCACUACGAUGGCUCGACUAUGAAGCUCAUAAAGACAGUUACGAUCAUGAAAACGUGCAAACACACUGUAACAGAAUCCUUCUACAGGCCGAACCUCAGAUUGGCAAGACGGGAACGUACUUGUGCCUGAUACGAGAUUUACGACUUGACAUCUUGGGAAAGGAGACAGUUAUGCUGGCGUCACCUUCUGCAUUUGAUGAUGGUAUCUUUUAUCAGUGCAGGGAAAACAAUUACCCUGACGAGUCGAUACUGAGAGAGAGGGAUGAACGCGAAAACUGGCAAUUCCCAUAUUGGAAGACAAUCGAAACCUCUCCAAGUUUGUACGACAAACCGGUUGGGACCGGAAAGUACUCAAUAGGAGGGUGCUUCUACACUCACGACACGGAAAAAAAUCCAUUCAUUCUUCUUAAGGAGGAAGGGCGGACGCUAAUCAAGACUGGUCAUCAGAACCCCAAGACUGAUGAUUGUUCAAAUGGCCUCCGUGCUUGGCAUUGGUACCAUUUCGAGGAAUGCGCCGAGUGCGGAAGAUUACUCCAAGGCAGAGAAUCUAUCCUGGAAAAUGUGGAGAUACACAUUGAUGGCAAACCAGUCACUGUUACGUGCUCCUUGCCAAGCAAUUGUCCGUCAUUCACUCAACUACAUGAGAAAUUAGCGAGCGGUAAAUCCCGAGAGAAUGGUCUCACUUUGCCAUACUGGAUAUUUCAUCCUUCGCAUAGAGGUGAUCCUAGGAAGUGCACUUUGAACUAUCACCACGUCAUGAAAGAAGGCGGACGUAUUGCAAAUUAUGUCCAGGUUGUCGUUGUUCGAAGAGAAAAGUUCGAGACUUACAGAUCCACUUGGGGAAAAGUGAUUGCCAUUCUGCAACUUCCAGAGAACCUUGCCAAUUGCGGCCUUGCACCAGAUGAAGGAGGAAUUGGUUACGCCAGACUGUUUAUUCAAAAGAUUGCAUUUUCGCUAGAGCUUGAAUACGUCUUCAUGAUUGAUGACAAUGUGGUCAUGAUGUCAGAGGCAGAAUUUGCAACUGAUGAAAUGUCUGGGAAAGAAAGAAAAGUCCUGAGAGAUGACAACGGGGUGAUGAAAAUGCUGCGUUGCACUUUCCUAAAGCCUUUAACAAGUCUUCAGAAAAUAGCACAAGGAAAGGAAAUUCCACCCAUGGCAGACGAGGAACACGAACCUCAUCCUUUAAAAGGUGAUUUUGAAGCACAGGGUUUUCCGUUGUAUACCUACUCUGGCCCUGCAAAGUUGUUUCGCGACAAGCAGCAUGGGAGCUAUGGUAUUCUUGGUCUGAUGAGAAGUAUCCCAAGAGCUGUGAGACCUUUUGCAAAGACCCAAGUGUAUGCUGCAGUCUUGCUUAAUGUCAAAAGUACUGUGGAAAAAGGCGUCUUUUACCGUCCAUGGCCCUGCUGGGAAGACCUGCGCUUCAACGAUGAUUGUGACAAAGCAGGUCUAUGGGUUGUUAAAUGCCACCGUUACUCUUUCUUUAAAGUUCAGUACAAGGACUGGAUUGAGAACCUCGUCCUUCCACAAGUCUUCUCUUGGGAUGAGAAAUGUUCCAUCGUGGAAAGACCGGUUGAAAGCGAGCUACCAGAAGCCUUGGAAGAGGAAAUUAUACUAGAGCACCUUAGCAGCUUUCUGAAGACCAAUGGUCCUGACAAGUGCUUCAAAGGGAGAACUGAAGACGUUCGAAUGGUGGAUGAGGAAGGUGAAAAAUCUCCCCUUCCUAUUCUCGAAAAACUUGAUGUGGGCAUUGUUACAGAGGAAGAUUUCAUCAGGGGAGUCUCGUUCCUUGUUAUCUCUUACCAUCCAGAAAAUCGGAGAAGAGACAAUUUAGAUCUUCUUGAUUCAAAUUUCUGUCGUACCAAGGAGAAAAUUGUUUUCGUUGCAAGUGCCAAAGAAGUAAACAAGCGAUGGCCUCAAAUGAAUGUACAAACCAUAUCAACCAAGCACGGUAUUUGUCACAAUGAUGAGAUGAGUGACAGAAAGGCACAAUUUGCCAUAUUUUCUGCGGCUGACCCAAAGAGGCACCGUUUGCGUUGGAUUUUGAUCGAGGCAUCCUUCCCGCAAAACGAUGACAAAAUUAAGGCAGAGACGGGCUCAAGUAAUAUUGAGGCUUUUGAAAGAAACCUUCAGGACACCAGAAAUGUGCUGACAUUGGAGGGAAGUUUAUUAUCUAGGCUGCCCACUUCAGGCAAGACGACGGAAGGAAGGAAGAGAUCGCUACAGGAAUCCUCCGAUGACUGCCAAACAUUCAAAAGGCAAAAAAUUAAAGACGAACGGCUGAAACAAUGCGGUAGCAAACAAGGAGAGACGAAAUUGUGUGAUGAUGAAGCAGUCAAGAGUGAGAGAGGAGGCAGAAGUAAAUCUCUCGGUUCGGUCAGCGAAGAAGAGGAUCUUUCUUCAGAUAGAACAUAUCUUUCUUAUUUUGAUGGAGAAGGAAAUGUCAAAGUCGAAAGUACCGCUGAUGCUAGUAUAGUUAGCGAGAUUCUGCAUUCUCAACGUAAAAGCCAAGGUGAUAGAAAUGACUAUUCAAAGCACAUCGAAAAUACCAAUGAUGUAACCAAAGUUAUAGUCGAUCUUUGGAUGGAAUAUAGGAAACUUCCUGGGAGCACGAAGAAACUAGAUCAGGAAACAGAAACGAGCGAUCUUACGAUGGAACAUGUCAAGACCACGCUUGCUCAAUUUACUGUUACCCAGCUAGAGGAAAGGGACAAGAGAGGUUACAAUGCACUCUUGAAAGCCUGCUCUCUACCUUCUAUGAGUCCCCUUGUGAUGCAGUAUCUCAUAAAUGAUGUGAAGAUGGAUGUCAACUCUCAGCUUCCCCACAACUUUGACAGACAUCACCCAGCAGGGGAGGAGUUAAUUCCAGGGAUGUCCGCCUUGUCUUUAGCAAUUAAGCGUGGAAAUGUCAAAUCUAUCCAAACUUUCAAAAAACAAGGAAAAGAGAUUUCGGUAGAAAAUUCUGACGAGGAGGGAAACACAGCUCUUCAUCAUUGUGUUUUAUCCUGUUCUAAAUUUGCCUUCGAGAAGCUAUUCCCUCUAUAUGAGUCAAAGAAGUGGGAAACGAUGAUAAACCGCGAGGGAAAGAACCCUUUAGACAUUGCCAAGAAGAUGGAAUCGAGUGGACUGACCAAAGGAAAGCAACGGUCUAUUACAUCUAUGAUUACGAAAAUGAAGGAAAAAAAUAAUUCUGAUCACUAUCAAGAACGCGUCGAAAACGAAAAAGUAAAGAACAAGAAUGGCACUCUUGAGGAAGAGAAACCCAAAGACAAGAAGAGUAAUCAUGUAGAAACAUCUCAUGACGAAAGUAACCCAUGUACCGUCCAAAUUAAGCGACAAAAAAUUGGUGAUUUUGGCCAGCAGCUUGACUUCAUUCCCACCACCGGCUUCAAAGAAGAAAAAUCUCAUCCAGCCUUUUCAGUGAAAAAGGUAAACGAAGACGGUAGUGUUGACGCUGGCAUUGACUCUAAUUUUAACAACGAAGGAGUUAAGCAAGAUACCUCGGGGAAAAAAGCUGAUUCAGUCAAACCCUUAGAUGUCACCGCACAUAUCAAUGGUACCAACCAUGUCACAGGGAUUAUCGAGGAUCUCUGGAGAGAAUAUAAAGUAAAUAAAUCGGCUUUUGAGGAAAACGGUAGAAACGACUUUACUGAAGAAGAAAUACACAACAAGCUCCAGUAUUUCGCAAAGGAUCAAUUGGAGGAAACAGACGAAAGAGGCUACAAUGCACUCCUCAAAGCCUCUUCGUUACCUUCCAUGAGUCCCCGUGUCAUGCAGUACCUUAUCACUACACGAAAAGUUGACCUCAACCGUCAGUUGCCUUCUGAGUUUGAUGUGAAUCAGCUAACAGCUAAGGAUUUGGUCCCAGGAAUGUCCUCUUUGUCCGUGGCAAUCAGAAAAGGAAAUAUAAGAUCAGUUUCCACGUUUAUGAGUAGGUCAUUGGAAGUGAAUACUCGAAGCUUUGACCUUGAUGGGAACAGCGUCCUGCAUCAUUGCGUGAUUUCGAUUUCUAAAAGUGCCUUCGACAAAAUUUUCAAGCUCUUCAAGCCCCUAUAUUGGAAAGAGAUACGUAACAAAGCAGGAAAGAAUCCUUUGGACAUAUGCAUUGAAAAGGAAGAGGAGUUAAGACAACAAAAAAACAAGGAUACACCCCUAGAAAAGCUCAGAGCCAUGCGCAAGGAAAUGGAGAAGGGUUCAGCUUAGAGUUUACGAACAUCAGCCUGCAAGCUUGUGAUAAACUACGCCUUACAUUCCCGAUUUCUCCAAGUGGCAACUGCUAUUCCUUGUAAACGUGGAUCGAAAACAGCAGCCAUCUGACUUCUAUGCGAGACAUCAUUCUAAUAGAGUUAUUUUCAACUGAGUUUCGAUGAUAAAUCCCCUCUUCCAUUGGUUCUGCCCGACCAACCUCUCAACCAAUAAGAGUCUAGAGGACUCGCGUGAUAUUUCCCUUCGUUAUGAUUGGCCGUUAUAAUUACUGUGAGUUUGAUCUUACGACCUAUAGUUAAAAAGUGUUCUGAAAUCUUUUGAAGUCUUGUUACAACUCGUAAUUCGAUUCUUCGAAAUUCUACAGACUUCUACUUUUAAUCACUUCUCUAGUUUUAACUAGCCACAGACAAUUUCCGUGGUGUAAUCUUAGUCGUUACUUUGCACUGAAAAGCGUGUGAAAGGACUGAUUGUGACAAAACUAAAAUAUUUUUUAGUUAAAAAUGUAAAAGGUCAACAGAGCUGGCUCUUACGGUUUUCUUCUUAAAUACACACUCAAAUACAAUUGGAGAAACUAAAUUACAUAAUGUAUAUCUUCAAAUGUUGUACUUUUUGGCUCCAAGAUAUUUUCCAAGGAAUGUUAUUAUUUACCUACUUCUAUAUUCUUAGUGAAAAAAAAAUGGAUCAACCAUGAGACACUCUUGCUGUAUUCACACAACAAGCCAGCUUGGUUAUUUAAGAAAUGAAAUAUCAGCCAUCCCAAUCGUUGUUUAUUAAUAUUGGUAUAAACAUGUAGCCAGUUGUGGAAAUCAGACCUUUUAUAUAUAUAGAAAUAAGUCUUUCUAGGCAAAAUGUUGUGCAAACAAAUCUAAACCUGUAGACACUUUAGUAUGCUGGUGUUUUACAAAGGAAAUAGAAAGGCUUUGUAGUAACAAUCUGGGCUUACUAAACAGGUUUUUAAGUUGACAAUUUGCACUUACAGCUUUUUAGGUUAAUGUCGUUGCAUGUUAUGAAAGAAGAAAAAAAACACUUGUGAAAGUUUAGGGAUUUUCUAAUAUUAAACUUGUCGUGUCGAUGACUCCUAAGUGCAAAACAACACUUAAAUGUUUUUUAUAAGACCAAUGAGUUCUGUCAUUAUUAUUACAUACUUUUAAAGCUUUUAGUGUCUUGUAGAUUUUUAUUGAUUGUUAUACAUUUUUGGAAGUUCUAAUUAAAGUGGAGAAAUGUUUGAUGUUCAA